GGCACAGGGCCCUCAUAUCCCUUUAAAACCUGGUCUGAGAUCUGCCCUACCCCAAUCUGUCUCAUCAUAAUUUCAGAUGGGGAAUGGGAGCUUAAGGGUGGACCCAAGGCAACCUGCCCUGCAAUAAACUCAACCUCUUCUCCUUUCUGCUUCCUGGUUACGAUUGAAAUGGAAAAAGAUACCUCUCAAACCCAAAUGUAAACAUCCUGCCAGGGGGUGAUGGAAGUUGAGAAGUGUCGGGAACAUCCCCCUUCCCCAGGCAUUCCACCCUUGACUCCGUUCUCUCUCCCGAGUUCUCUUUCAUGAGCGAAAGAUCCUCUUUCAGUUUAUAAAGCAGGGGUAGGAUCUGAGCUAAAGGGGACAAAAACCAAGGAGCAGGAAAAACAGAAUUUAAUUCUCCACCAAAAGGCAGCCCAUCCUGGCAAACUGGGGGGGAGGGAAGCCCCACCACUGCCUUCCAUUGGAAAAGACCUAGAGUAAGUGUUGGGGGGCAGGUAUCAAAACCAAUCCUCUGCAAGUCCAAGUGAGCACCAUCUGUGUUACCUGAAAGCUCCUUGGAAACGCAGAAUUUCAGGCUUCGCCUCAGACCCUCUGAAUCAGAAACUGCAUGACAAGAGAUCCCUGGUCAUUCAUAAUCACAGUAAAUUUGAAGAAGCUCUGGCCUAAGACCCUUCUACCCUCAGCCUGGGUCCUCUUUACUGUUGUCCCCAUUCACACCCAAGAUGGAAGCCCACCCUUCCCACCAAUGAGGUAGGAACGCAGCUCCACCAGCCCCUCAUGAUCAUACAAGAAUGCUGGCCUUCUCUGAGACGGGGAAGAUAACAGGGUCAUGGAGCAAAGAGACCUACAGCAAUUAUCUCUGUAGAGCAUAGGCCUUUAUAGAAUUCCACAACCUCUCCUGACAGUGUUCUACUUUCCACAAGUGACUACCUGAAUUUCAGUUUCCUCAUUUACAAAUGGGAACCAGUAACAUCCAUUACUCGGAUGGCUGUAGCUUAUGUAUGUGGGAACACAAGGAGCCCCUGGCCUAUGCCCAGAGUAGGGGCAUCCUUGUCUCCCUCAUGGCCCCCCUUCCCCUUCUGCUGAUAGUUCCUCCUUCACUUCCCUCUCACUGGCCCAGGGUAGGGAGUGGUCAUAAGUUGUGUCAUUGUUUUGUUUUGUUUUUGCUUUUGUUUUUUCAUUUUCUUUCUUUUCUUUUCUUCUUUUUUUGAACUCCAAAAUUUAUAGAAAGGGUAAUGUACCUUUUUUUAAUUUUUUUCAUUUUCUCUUACCAGGUCUCUUUCCAUUUUAUUGUUUUGCCUCGCUGGAGAUCAAACCAGGACCUGACAUGCUAAGCAUGCUCUCUACCCCUGAGCUGUAGCCUCAGCCCUCUUUCUCUUCUUUAUUCUCAAUUCAACAAAUGUUUGCUGCCCAAGGCUGACUGUGCCCACCCCACCCACGCUUGUCUCUCCAGAAGUCUUCCCUGGAUUCCCUUGUUCCCACCCACAGGAGGAAUCUGAAAGCCUACGUGUCAGUCACCCCUGCCUCUCCCAGCAAUAGCUGGGCCUCGGUGAAUACCAAGAAUUAAGCCCCCUGCUCUGCUACCCCUCUCCCUGUGAUCAGUCUCUUUCUCUCCUUUUAGAAGCUCCUCAAGGUUACUCUCCUCUUCCUACGUACCAGGGCAACUUCGGAAUUCAUGCCCUUCCUGGGAAGACCCCUGCCAUCAAGGGAGAGCAGCCCCCCACCCCAGGCUCUAGACCCACACAGGUGCCCACAGGAACACUGCUUUACAUAUGGGAGGCCCAGAAGAGGGGAUGGUUUACCUUGCUCCUCUGCAGCCAACUAAUCACUAGGACUCAGACAGGGCACCCCCACACACUUCUGGCCUGAAGGCCAGCUCUCUGUCCUGAAAAACCUGUCCCAAACUCCCCCUAGGCCAUAGGGCCCAAGGGGCAGGUUGGACUGGAUUCCCCUUCGGCUCCUCCCACCCCAGGACAAAAUCAGCCACCCCAGGGCAGGGCCUCACAUGCCUCAGGAAGCCCCAGCCUGCCAGCACCUGUUCCAGGAUCCAGGUUUCAGUCCAGCAUGGCAUCCCUGCAGCCUGUCCAGACCUUGCCCUUGAUCCUGAUUCUGCUGGCUAUACUGGCCCCGGGGGCUGCAGCAGAGUUCAACAUCUCAAGCCUCUCUGGUCUGCUGUCCCCAGCGCUAACCGAGAGCCUGCUAGUUGCUUUGCCCCCCUGUCACCUCACAGGAGGCAACGCCACACUGACUGUCCGAAGAGCCAAUGACAGCAAAGUGGAGAAGUCCAGUUUUAUAGUGCCUCCAUGCCGAGGGCGCAGGGAGCUGGUGAGCGUGGUGGACAGUGGGAAUGGCUUCACAGUCACACGGCUCCGUGCAUACCAGGUGACAAACCUCCUCCCAGGAACCAAAUACUAUAUUUCCUACCGAGUAGAGAAGGGGACAUCUACCGAGUCCAGCAGAGAGAUCCCAAUGUCCACGCUUCCUCGAAGGAAUAUGGAGUCCAUUGGUCUGGGAAUGGCCCGAACAGGGGGCAUGGUGGUCAUCACAGUGCUGCUGUCUGUGGCCAUGUUCCUGCUGGUAGUGGGUUUCAUCAUUGCCCUGGCUCUGGGCGCUCGAAAGUAAGGAGGGCUGACCUGCGCGGGGCUCCUCCAGGAAGUCCAGAAACUCUCUGUGUCCCAGCCUGCCUCCUCCUGGGCCUCAGACACCCGCCUCUGGCUCCUUCAGUGCCUUCAUGUCCCUCUCCCUGCCCCCACCCUGCCCCUGGAGCCCUUUCCUCCCUCAGUCCCUCUCCAUGCCCCCAGUGCCACAUCACCCAACACUCCCUACCAUUCCCUUGCUGCAAUCCUGUGGGAGUCGACAUUCCUACCAUUUCACCACUCUGACCCCCAUUACAGUCCACCCUUCCUCUGUGAACUUGGUCUCUACAAUAAAGGCUAAUCCACAUCUA